AUGACUAAGGGUUUCCAUGUCAGCAGAUUAACUCACGAUUUCAUGCAAACGCCUGCCGGUUGUAAGGGUCGAAACGUUGUCACAAUAGUAACUAAAACGUGGGCUACUGCUUCUUGUUGUUCUUCUUUAUUUCGACCGCCUCUGACACUGACUCCUACCUUUUUCGUUUUUUUUACCAUCCUUUCUCUUUCUUUUUUAUCUCCACAUCCUCGUUCGUUUCCUUCUCACAUGACAUUCGUCUCCUUUACUUUAUUGUCCUUCAUCGUCGACGCUUUUUUCUUCUGUACCUUUAACCUCCAUAAACUUCUUCAUUUUCUUUUUCUUCUCUGUUUUCAUUUGCUUUUUCUUUUUACCUUUUCCUUUGUUUUUUCGUCUUUUCGUUUCCCUUGGCGGCGACUUCUUCUUCUCCUCCUCCUCCUCCUCUUCUUCUUCUUUUUCCUCUUAUCCUCCUCCCCCUCUUCUUCUUCUCCUCCUCCUCCUCCUCCUCUUCUUUUUCCUCUUAUCCUCCUCCCCCUUUUCUUCUUCUCCUCCUCCUCUUCUUCUUCUUCUUCUUCUUCUUCUUCUUCUUCUUCUUCCAUUUCCUUUUCCUUUUCUUAUUCUCCACCUUCCAUUUCUCUCUUUUCUUUCCUUUCCUCCUUUUCAUUCCCUUUACUUCUUCACUAUAACUAA